GAUGCCUUGAUGCGCUUGUUAGUUCCUCGUCUUAAAGAUGACGUUAGAAUAACCCAAACUAUUACAGCAAAUAUGGAAAAGAAACAUGGCUCCGAAUACGCUGCCCUGAUGAAGACCAUCUUAGAGCUCGGCCCGCCACUUGGCAGACGAUAG